GAAUCACCAACAGCCCAGUCUUUCAGGCUGCUGCUGCUGCUGCUGCGACGACAAAACAACUAUUUCUCUUGCCAACGCCAAUCUCAGACGCACCUUACACUGUCGACGGCAGACGAGACACAGCAGGACUUGUCCAUCUUGGUUUCUUCGACAGGAACAAGACCAACUUGCAACGCCCCACCGUGACUUCUGGAGCUGUCGCUCCCUUUACCGACUUCUCGUGGCGGGUCGCCUAUCUGGCCUUCUCUGUUCUUCGACCUCCCUCUUUGAACCUGCGGCUUGCCGCAUGAGCUAGCUGCUGCAAUCUUCACUUUCCUCCUGAUACAGCGAUCGAAACCGCCAAAAUGUCGAGUGCAAAUAGCAUCAAGGUUGUCGCCCGGUUCAGGCCCCAGAACCGGGUCGAGAUUGAAUCUGGUGGCCAGCCUAUUGUUAAAUUUGAUGGCGAUGACACCGUGGCGAUCGAUUCCAAAGAGGCCCAAGGCUCCUUCACCUUCGACCGCGUGUUCGAUAUGCAGUGCAGGCAGUCAGACAUUUUUGACUACUCGAUCCGACCUACCGUCGACGAUAUCCUGAACGGCUACAAUGGAACAGUCUUCGCCUACGGUCAGACCGGUGCCGGAAAGUCGUUCACCAUGAUGGGUUCAAGCAUAGACGACGAAACAAACCGAGGUGUCAUCCCGCGUAUCGUCGAGCAGAUCUUCGCGAGCAUCAUGUCCAGCCCCAGCACGAUAGAGUACACAGUCCGUGUGAGCUACAUGGAGAUCUACAUGGAGCGCAUCCGAGACUUGAUGGCGCCUCAGAACGACAAUCUACCUGUGCAUGAAGAAAAGAACCGGGGUGUGUACGUCAAGGGCCUUCUGGAAAUAUACGUCUCGAGCGUGCAGGAGGUCUUCGAGGUCAUGCGGAGAGGCGGCAACGCGCGAGCUGUCGCCGCAACCAACAUGAACCAGGAGUCUUCUCGCUCACACUCCAUUUUCGUCAUCACCGUUACACAGAAGAACGUCGAGACCGGCUCGGCCAAGAGCGGUCAGCUGUUUUUGGUCGAUCUCGCGGGUAGCGAGAAAGUUGGCAAGACAGGUGCCAGCGGCCAGACCCUGGAAGAGGCCAAGAAGAUCAACAAGAGUCUGAGUGCGCUCGGAAUGGUCAUUAACUCCCUGACGGACGGCAAAUCCUCACACGUUCCCUACCGAGACUCCAAGCUCACACGUAUUCUGCAAGAGUCUCUCGGUGGCAACAGUCGGACGACCCUGAUUAUCAACUGCUCCCCAAGUAGUUACAACGAUGCCGAGACUCUCAGCACCCUCCGGUUCGGUAUGCGGGCCAAAUCUAUCAAGAACAAGGCAAAGGUCAACGCCGAGUUGAGCCCGGCAGAGCUGAAGAUGCUCCUUGGCAAGGCGAAGAACCAAAUCACAACCUUCGAGAAUUACAUUGUGAACCUGGAAGGCGAGGUGCAACAAUGGCGGUCAGGCGAGGCUGUUCCGAAGGACAAGUGGGUGCCUCCGCUAUCCGCUGAUGGCGUCCAGCAGAAGUCCUUGCCUGCAAGGCCAGCUACGCCCUCAAAACUCAUACCGGACAGUCGUGCCGAGACGCCCGCCAUCUCGGAACGCGCAGGCACACCUUCGAUCCCCAUGGAUAAAGACGAGCGAGAGGAGUUCCUCCGGCGGGAGAACGAGCUCCAAGAUCAGCUCUCUGAGAGGGAGUCGCAGGCCGUAACUGCAGAGAAGGCUCUGCGCGAGACCAAGGAAGAGCUGAUGAUUAUCAAGGAGCACGACAGCAAACUCGGAAAGGAGAACGAGAAAUUGAACAGUGAUGUCAAUGAGGUCAGAAUGCAGCUGGAGCGGCUCACAUUCGAGGGCAAGGAGGCGCAGAUUACCAUGGACGCCCUGAAGGAGGCCAACUCGGAGCUCACGACUGAACUUGAUGAGGUGAAGCAGCAGCUCUUGGACGUCAAGAUGAGCGCCAAAGAGAACGGCACGGCCCUUGAUGAAAAGGAGAAGAAGAAGGCCGAGAAGAUGGCCCAGAUGAUGGCUGGUUUCGACCUGGGCAGCGACGUCUUCAGCGACAACGAAAGGUCAAUUGGCGAGGCUAUCCAGCAGCUCGACCAGUUGCACGAGAUCAGCUCCGGCGGCGACAUCAUCCCCGCUGACGACCUCAAGUCGAUCCGGGAAAAACUUGUUGCUACGCAGGGCAUCGUGCGACAGGCAGAGCUGUCGAUGUACAGCUCGACUACCAACAACUUCGAUGCUAAGCGCAGGGCAGAGCUGGAGGCCCGCCUCACCAGUAUGCAGCAAGAAUAUGAGGACCUUCUGGCCCGCAACCUCGGUGAGACGGACGCCGAGGAGAUUAAGGCAAGGCUUGAGCAGGCAUAUGCCUCCAAGCAGGGCACACAGAUGGAGCUUGUCGAAGAGCUCAAGACGGACAUCUCGCAGAAGGCUGCUGAGAACGAGCGCAUGAAGGUUCUGAUCGAAGACCUUCAGCGACAGGUCAAGGCGGGCACGGCGGCGCCGAUGGCCAACGGCAAGACUGUCGCGCAGCAGAUGGCGGAGUUUGACGUCAUGAAGAAGUCGCUCAUGCGCGACCUGCAGAACCGGUGUGAGCGCGUCGUCGAGCUGGAGAUCUCAUUGGACGAGACGCGCGAGCAGUACAACAACGUAUUGCGGUCCUCCAACAAUCGCGCUCAGCAGAAGAAGAUGGCGUUCUUGGAGCGCAACCUCGAGCAACUCACGCAGGUGCAGAGGCAACUCGUUGAGCAGAACUCCAGCCUGAAGAAGGAGGUUGCCAUUGCCGAGAGAAAGCUCAUCGCGAGAAACGAGCGGAUCCAGAGCCUCGAGAGCCUGCUCCAGGACAGCCAGGAGAAGAUGGCCCAGGCGAACCACAAGUUCGAGGUCCAGCUUGCUGCUGUCAAGGAGCGUUUGGAAGCCGCAAAGGCAGGCAGCACUCGUGGCCUGAGCUCCCCCACUGGCGGCUUCAGCUUCGCCAACGCUGGCAGCAGGAUUGCCAAGCCGCUUCGCGGUGGCGGUGACGCGCCCUCGUCCAACCCAACCAUCCAGAACCUCCAGGAGAACGCUAACAAGCGGACGAGCUGGUUCUUCCAGAAGAGCUAA